AUGGACACCAACGACAAGAUGAACGAGACGGCGCUGCUCGUCAUCUCCCGCCAAUCCCUCGGCAAACUGAAGGAUCUGCUGGUGCUCGCCUCGAAACAAGUCCACAAGAAGUUAUAUGUUCGAAUCGAGCACGAGGAGUUGGCCUCUCUGGUCCCUCAGCUCUACAUGCAAUCCUCUCUAUUCUGCCCGAAUCUUGAUGUUCGUGUCAUGUUGGCCGAUCGGAUACCGGAACAUCAAAAGUUUAUCGGCGACGAUCGACCGGGGAAGAUGGUGAUUCCCGCCAAGCCGUAUCAUGAUGUCGUCCUCGGCGGUACUUUCGAUCGGAUGCAUAAUGGGCACAAGACGCUUCUCUCGCGGGCGAUCCUUCUCGGCAGUGGCACUCUGUAUUGUGGGGUGACGGAUGUGGCUAUGAUUCAAAAGAAAAGUCUGUGGGAGCUGAUUGCGCCUGUCGAAGAGAGAAUUGAAGAUGUGCAACAGUUUGUCGACGACGUCUCUGAUAAUAUGAAAUGCGACCUUUUCCCCCUGGACGAUCCAUUCGGGAAAUCAAUCACGGCUCCUUCUCUACAGGCAAUUAUUGUGAGUGCAGAGACGGUCAAGGGAGGAGAAGCUGUCAACACAAAGAGAAAGGAGAACGGCCUCUCGCCGGUGGAUAUUGACAAGAUCGAGCUGCUUGAUGCGGAGGAUGAGGUGUUGAAUGAAGUGAAGAUCAGCUCUUCGACGAGAAGACGAGAAGCACUCGGUUCUCUCCUUCGUCCACCCACUAGGCCGCCAACCGCGGGCCGUCCAUAUGUGAUUGGAUUGACGGGAGGGAUCGCCUCGGGGAAGAGCAACAUUGCCAAGUAUCUCGCCGAUCAGCCCGAUUUUUUGGUGAUCGACUGUGAUGGUUUGGCGCAUGAUGCCUAUUCACCGGGAAGUAUUCUCAGUCAACGAAUUCGAGAAGCAUUUGAUGGUGUCGUCGAUUCUACGGGGCUCGUCGACAGGAAAAAACUCGGCGCUAUCGUCUUUCAGAAUCCGGAGCGAAGACUGGAGCUGAAUGGAAUUGUGUGGCCGGCAUUGAUGCAACUCGUUCAAGCAAAAAUCGACGCCACUGAUCGCCCGAUUGUCGUCGUUGAGGCAGCGGCCCUGGUGGAAGCUGGUUGGGACAAGGAGAUGAACGAGCUGUGGACGGUGAUUGUACCAAGGGCGGAAGCUGUUCGGAGAGUUUGUCACAGGGAUAAUGCCACCGCUGAACAGGCCGAAGCGCGUCUGAAUGCCCAAAUCGACAACAAGAGCCGUGUGGAUGCGUCGAAUGUUGUCUUUUGUUCGUUAUGGGCUUAUGAGGAGACGCGUCGUCAAGUCGAACGGGCUCUCAACCAAUUGCCUCUUCGUCUCAAACAA